GAAGUCUGCGUGAGAGAACUAACUGCGCGUGCUGGCGAAGACUGAGGUGCUUUUAAUACCGGACUUGCGUUUUUCCUUUGUUAAAACAUGCAAAAUAACAGCAUCUUGGAAGAAAAUGUAAAGCAGAAGAUGUCUCUGGAUAAUCUCUAAGUGAGCAACAAGAGUCUCCACCUCCAGAUUGAGUAACCGAGAGAAACUUCAGCCUGCUUUGACUUUGAAAGCCAGGACUUACUCAAAGGGCUGCCAAAAUUCUGAGAACUGGAAGAGAUACCAGACUCUGAUGACUCUGUUGCUCGCUCUUCUGCAUUUCAUCUGACAGAUCUGUUGAAUCGGCCAAGGAGUCCACAUUAAAAACAUCAGUAAUGGACUCCACCUCCAUAACAUCAUCUUCCUGGAGGCCCCUUGGACAAAUGACAUUUAUUCGUAUGAAGACAUAAAUCCAAAGCUUUCCGCAUCCCAUCGUGGACUCCAGUGCCACUGUAAACUAUUUCUUGCUCUUCGGGGUCUGAUCUGACAUAUCAAGAAUAGACUCCACAUCUGUUGAAUGGAGUCCACAUUCAAAAAAUUACUAAUGGACCUCACAUCAGCAACAUAAUAAUCAGCCAUGGAGUCCACACUGGAAAAAUAUUCGCAGCAUAAUAAUCAGCCAUGGAAUGCACACCGGAAAAAUGACUAAUGGACUCCACAUCCACAACAUAAUAAUCAGCCGCACAAUCCAUAUUGGAAAAAUCAUUAAUGGACUCCACAUCCAAAAAAAUAACAACCCAUGAACUCUGCAUCUUCUAGACUGUAGGUCCCAGAGUCAGCCUGGACACCCAUCAUAUCCUGCAAAUGACAUUUAUCAAGACAUAAAUCCAAAGGUCUCUGGAUCCCAAUUAGAUGGCUAAAGCAUAGGGUGCAUUCAGCCCCGUCCCAACAUCUGGAAGUUUUAAAGUUGGGAGGAUAUAUAAUCAUCUAUAGAUUUAAUAGAGAUUACAGAAUAAUAGAAUUGGAAGGGACCUUUGUUCAGCUGAAAUGGCACUUCGCUUUUGCCAUUAAACAUCUCCUCUCGAGCAGCCGGAGCAGCAGCAGCCCGAGUAUUCUACCAUCAAGAGAGCUGUUGUUCAAGAAAACAUGAAAUCAGAUAAUGAGGACAGAGAGGGUCUUGUACCUGAGACAUCAAACAUGUCACCAGAAGAAAAAAUGGCAGACACCAGGAGUAGCAGUGAUGAUUUCACAGGAGAUAUGUCUCAAUGUUCUGAGGAUUGGGAAAAUGCUGAUAUAAAACCUAGCCAAGAAGCUUCUAGGAAAAAACUAUGUGGUUAUUUACAUAAAUGUUCUUCUAAAGCACCAAUCAAGACCUGGAAGUCACGCUGGUUUUGCUAUGAUGAAAAUAAAUGCUACUUGCUAUACUAUAGGACAGCACAAGAUAUUACUCCUUUGGGAAGCAUAGAGAUUUCCAUUGCGACUUUUGAUCUUAAAGUGGGAGCAGAUGAGGGUAUUUUUGAAAUCAGGACUCCCAUCAAAGACUUUAUUCUUAAGGCUGUCAACAAACAAGCCAUGAUGUAUUGGCUACAACAACUGCAACUGAAACGCUGGGAAUUUUGUAAUAAACAGGCAAAGGGUUUGGUUGAAGCCAUGCCAUCCUUUCCUUUCAUAAAUGAGGCCCAGCAGAGCAACAGUGAGGCAGAACAGGAUUUUUUACCCUUGGUGACAACUCCCACUGAUAUAGUUGGCAUAAAGGCAGCUUCUCUACCAGCACCACCGACUUCUAUUGCUCUUCAGAACAUCUCUCUCAAGCAUCCUUGGAUUGAAAUACAAAACACAGUGCAUAAUCUGUGUGGCAGCCGUCAGAACCGAAAAGACAGUAGUGGUUUUGAGGAAAAUUUUGAAAUUGUUGCUGAUGAAGAUCACCUAAAGGGAGAAACUGAGGAUACAGUCAUGGCAGAGAUGCAGAAGGACACCAAAAUGAGACUAAAGCCACCAACAUUCCGAAAAUAUAAAAAAGCCAACAGUAGUUUUCGUUAUUUUGUUGAAGGAGCAGAACAGGGGAAAACAGCUUCUCUUCAGCAUCAGGUUUUGAUCCUUACAGAGGAAGUAAAAUCUCAGAAGGAACUGGUCAAACUUCUUCACAAAGCUCUGGAGGCAGCUCAGAAAGAGAAACGAGAGUCCUGCAGGUAUCUGGUCACAGCUACGGAAAAAGACAGGCUGGAAUUAGUGCGCCACAAAGUGAGGCAGAUUGCUGAGCUGAGUAAACAGGUCCAAGUGCUAGAGAUGGAAAAGAAAGACCUGGAGCAGGAAGCUGCUUUGAAGGAGGAGCACAUCAAGGAGCUGGGAGAACAUGUGCAGCUCUUGAUGGACAAAAACGAAGCCAAGCAACAAGUCAUCCUCAAGCUGACAGACCAGCUCACUAGAGAGAUGUCUGACUCUGUUACUGAGGCAGACAGCAUCAUGGCUGAGACCUUGUACAAGCAACAGGAAAAGAUCGAACACCUGAAGGAUGAUCUUGAGGCAUAUAAGACUCAGAACCAAUUUUUGAACUCUGAAGUCCACCAGGUUAGCAAAAUAUGGAGCACAGUGGCACAGAGAGAAAAAAACCUUCUGAUGAAGUGUGCUCAACUGCAAGCCCACAAUUGCCAGAUUGAAAGCAAGUACCUGAUGUUUCUAAGGACCCUGCAGGGACUGCCGGAUUUGGCUCAGGAACACAUGGCCUUGGUGACGGGACUCAUUGAAGAGGCCCUGCAAUGGGAUAUGAAGGAAGACACCCUGGUUCCUGUUCAGCUAAGCCCAGUCAACCAAUAUGAUGAUUACGGGUUUAUGACAGUUCCUGAAUAUGAAGCUGCAGACCGGAAGCUCUUGGCCAAAAUCCAGGCCCUGGAGAUCAAAUACACCAAUCUGAACAAGGAGACCACGGACAAACCUCUCUCUGAGCGAUGGAAUAACUUUGGAGAACUGACACCCUCUUCAGAGCUAAAAAGCUUAUUGCGCUGUGGUGUCCCCAUAGUGCAUCGCCAGAGGGUAUGGAGAUGGAUUAUCAGCCAUCAGUUAAAGCAAACACGCUCCGCUGGUCAUUACCACAAUUUACUCAAGAAGUGUGAAAAUGCUGAGCACCCAGCUUCCCAGCAAAUUGAACUGGAUCUGCAUCGCACGCUGCCCAACAAUAAACAUUUUAUGUCACCGGCUUCCCAGUUUAUUCCCAAACUUAGAAGAGUUUUACUUGCAUUCUCCUGGCAAAAUCCAACCAUCGGCUAUUGCCAAGGAUUGAACAGACUGGCUGCCAUUGCCUUGCUGGUUCUAGAAGAGGAAGAAGAAGCUUUCUGGUGUUUAGUUCAUAUCACAAACAAUUUAAUGCCUCAAGAUUACUACAGCAACACAUUAAUAGGCUCGCAAGUAGAUCAAAGAGUUUUCAAAGACAUCUUAGCAGAGAAGCUUCCCAGGCUGACAGCGCACUUGAAUCAACUUCAAAUUGACCUGUCCUUAGUGACCUUCAACUGGUUCCUGGUUGUUUUUGUUGAUAGUCUUGUCAGCGAUAUUCUCCUCAGAGUUUGGGAUGCUUUCCUCUAUGAAGGUGCCAAGGUGAUAUUCCGUUACGCACUCGCAAUUUUUAAAUAUAAUGAAGAAGCAAUAUUGAAGAUUCGAGACAAUCUGGAAUUCUAUCAAUAUCUUCGUUUUUUCACCAAAACUAUCUGUGAUGGCAGAAAGCUGAUGAGCAUCGCCUUCAGUGAUAUGAAUCCGUUUCCCAUGAAGCUGCUUCAGAAUCGACGUGGAGUGCAUAGAUUAAAAGUGGAAGCUGAGCUGAGAGAACUAGAGCAGCUAAAAGCCGAGUAUAUGAAGGAACAGGCUGAACACGCAGCCAGCCCGCUAGAUGGAGCCGCGAGUGAGGAGGAAGAAGAGAUCUAACUCUCAUUCUCUCUCUGGUCCGUUGUAAACAUUGCCUUUGUUUGAAACGCAAAGGCAGCAGUUAUUUAUGAGAAACAUUUGGCACCUAGUGCAAUGAAUGCAGAUGUACUGGAUGGUUUGUAGGUCCACUGCAAAUAAGGGUGUGAGGGCGAAGGUUUGUUAUCCAAGCUUACGGGUUGGUGUCCAAACGUUUCGUUGCCAGGCUAGAUAGUAUCUUCAGCGGAGAUUAGGAGAUGUCCGGGUUCUUCUAUUUAUAAGGGCUUCAGGUGUGGGUGUGUUGAGUGAGGGUCUUGUGAUGGGUCUUGUGAUGGCCUCCCCAUCACAAGACUCACACCUGACCCAUCACAAGACCCUCACUCAACACACCCACAUGUGAAGCCCUUAUAAACAGAAAACACUGACAUUGACAUUCCCUAAACUCCCCUGAAAAUGUUACCUCGCCUGGUAAUGAAACAUUCGGAAACCAACCCACAAACUCAGACAAUGAACCUUCACCCUCAUCCUAUAUCUGAGCUACAGAUAUUUGCCACUGUUGCAAAUAAGGGUACAUCAUGUCUUAUGUACGUUAUGUCUUUUAUGGAUUUUUUUUUAGUACAAAAAAAGUCCUGAAUUUAUUUCUCUAGAGAUUUUCUGCUACUCUGACUUUAAAUCGUAAGAAUCCCAUUAGAACUUAGACCUUAUGAAUGCAGCCAUUAUAGUUUGUGAACCCUAAUUUAUGGCAGGUCUGCACAAAUUUACCACACUGAUAAAUUAAAAAUAAUUGCAGGCUGCAUAGGAAUAUCUGGUUCGUUGAUCAGCUAGCAGAGUGGUAGCAGGUAUUGGCAGCACCACUAACGCCUGGAGAUACUGGAGGCACUUGGCAGUGUGUCUUUUGAGGAAGCAACAGGAGAUCCUUCAUGACAGUGGUGCUUUUUGGUGGUUGAAUUUAAUGACCUUUUAAAAAAUGCUAGUGGACCUUCAAGGCUGCUUGGCAGGCCACGUAUGGCCCAUGGGCUGAAAAUGCAGGGCUGAUUUAUGGUUUACUAUUACCCCUGGUUCAUUCCAUUAUGACUUUUUCAGCCAAUCAUGGGUGAAGCAAAAUGUGGAUUAACACAAUGUAUGAGCCACACUUUUCUUAUGCAUAUACUAAAUUUCCCCUUCUUUUUUUGUUUUCAUUCUUUGUUUUAUAAUAGGCUUUCUAAUCAGUUGGCUUUCCUGCAAUCCCUCUAAGGGGGAUUUAAAAUCUCAAGAAUUACUCAUUAGCUCAAGACCCUAUCUCUCUAUAGUAUAUUUGAGGUAGUUAAUUAAAUGGUACAUAUCUGUCAUUCAUGUCAUCCUCCCCAAUUAUGUAAACAUUUGCCAAGAACUCCAAUCUGAAAUCGUCCAUUCUAUGAUUGGGACUUAACUUAAUAAAUGCAAUUGUUGGUGCUCAAAUUAGCAUCCUGUCUGAGAAUGGAAAAGACUACAGAAUAGGGCCGAGGCAGAAUUUUCUGACAAGGCAAAGCCUUAUGCAAGUCCUUGAGAACUGAUUAGUAGUGCUGUGCACAUUUCAAAAAAUCAGGUGAAACUUAGCUCAAUCUGCUGCAAAUGUAACCUUUCUCUGCUUUUCCUUAAAACUUAUAGCUUCUAUUUGUGUAGGUAAAAGUGCUUCUGCUUUAAUGACUCAACUCUUAUGUGACUCUUAAGGCAGCAACAUCCAUUAUUCAGUCUUAAAAAGGGGGGUUGCUUUAACAAAGACCAGAGAGAUGUUGUGUUCUUGUGAGGUAUGAAGCACUUCUUCCAGUUUAUUUUUGAAGUUUGCCUGGCCCAACUGAUCUGUUGACUGAUCAAAAACUUCUGCAAAUUAUCUUGAAAAGACUAGUGCAGUUGCAGAUUUAUGACAGACAUUUGUUGUUGCCUUAAACCAGAUACAGAAGAGAGAUAGUAGAAUGAACUGAUCUUCCUAAGUUACCCUGUCUGGUCAACACUUUGAUAGGCGCAUAGUAUUUUAUUGAUGAUAACUACCAGAAGAACCCCAAAAGUGGCUGCAAAGCAAAAUUACCAAAAGCCUCAAUAAUAGGCUCAGUGUGAUGCAAAAACUAUCUGAAAACAACAUAGAAGCAGAAACUAGAUGAUGCUACUAAAACCAGGUUGUGUGCUUUCCUUGUAACCAGCCAUACAUGCUGCUUUGUCAUCUCUUGUAAGGGUAUUGACUGUUCCUGAGCAACCAGAUCAGAGCCUUCUGAUGAUGCUUCCUUCUUUCUAGAAGUCCCUAAUGUUAAGGCCCUCAAGAAAGCAGAGCUGCUUAACUCAUUCUUUUGGUCAGUCCUCACACAAAAGGAAAUUAUAGCCCAACAUACCAAAAAAACUAUUGCAAAAGACAAACUAGAAACAAAAA